AUGCCCAUUUCCUCCAGGCCCCGGACAUCCUUCCUCAUCCAAGACAUCCUCUGGGAUGGGGCAGAGAGGGGAGCACAGCCGGAGAGGGGCAAGACCAGAGGGUUUUGCAGCCUGGAAGAUGAGGAGCCAGGGGCAGCAGCAGCAGCAGAGGGGAGCAAGGGCAGCUCGGCCAUGGGGGCUGCCCCAGGGCACCCCCUGGGGAGCCCUCAUCCCCCAGGAGCAUCCCCAGCCCAAGCCCGAGGGACAUCCAACAAGGUGGAUGCAGAUGCCACAGCACAGACCUACCUGUCCGACUGUGACCCCCCCCCACGACCCCUGCCCAUCGCCCACAGCCCCCCCAAGCAGGCAAAGCGCUCCCGGGCAGCAUUUUCCCACACCCAAGUCAUCGAACUGGAGCGGAAAUUCAGCCACCAAAAAUACCUGUCGGCCCCCGAGCGAGCCCACCUGGCCAAAAACCUGCAGCUCACCGAGACGCAGGUGAAAAUCUGGUUCCAGAACAGGAGGUAUAAAACCAAGAGGAAACAGGUCGCCUCCGAAAUCAGCAGACUGGACACACGUCUGGCCGGGCAGAAAGCGGCCGAGCUCCCCGGAGCAUCACUGCUCACUCUGCGGGGCGACUGGCAGUACCUGCCUUGCCUCUACUACUUGAACGGCUGGAGUCCCUCGUGGUGGUAA